GAGAGGAUAGAGUCGAACAUUCCCGUUUAGAGAAAGCUAGCGAUGGAAAAUCCCGGCGAUACGCAGAUGAAGUUAGUCACCGGCCCCGGCGGUUACGUGCUCGAAGAUGUUCCUCACUUCACUGAUUACCUCCCUGAUCUACCGAGCUAUCCCAACCCAUUACAAGACAAUCCGGCUUAUUCAGUUGUCAAGCAAUAUUUUGUUAAUGCAGAUGAUACUGUCACUCAGAAGAUUGUAGUUCACAAGGAUGGUCCAAGAGGGGUGCAUUUUCGACGUGCAGGACCUCGCCAAAGGGUGUAUUUUGGAUCAGAUGAAGUGCAUGCAUGCAUUGUAACAUGUGGUGGUUUAUGCCCCGGACUCAACACAGUGAUCAGAGAAAUUGUGUGUGGCCUCUAUCACAUGUAUGGUGUCCGAAAAGUUCUUGGAAUAGAUGGAGGAUAUAGGGGUUUUUAUGCAAAGAACACAAUCACCUUAACUCCCAAGUUUGUCAAUGAUAUCCAUAAACGCGGUGGUACAAUCCUUGGGACAUCAAGAGGGGGUCAUGAAAAAUCUAAGAUUGUUGACAGCAUUCAGGAUCGUGGAAUCAAUCAGGUUUAUAUAAUUGGAGGUGACGGGACACAAAGAGGAGCAGCAGUAAUUUUUGAGGAAAUUAGGCGACGUGGCCUCAAAGUAGCUGUUGCUGGAAUUCCAAAAACUAUUGACAAUGAUAUUCCGGUUAUUGACAAAUCAUUUGGUUUUGAUACGGCGGUAGAGGAGGCCCAACGCGCCAUUAAUGCAGCACAUGUUGAAGCUACAAGUAUUGAGAAUGGCAUUGGACUUGUGAAGCUAAUGGGGCGCUAUAGUGGUUUCAUUGCAAUGUAUGCUACUCUUGCCAGCCGUGAUGUUGAUUGUUGCUUGAUUCCAGAGUCACCAUUCUAUCUUGAAGGAAGUGGUGGACUUUAUGAAUAUAUCGAAAAACGACUCAAAGAAAACGGACAUAUGGUCAUUGUUAUAGCUGAAGGAGCAGGACAGGAUCUUCUUUCAGAGAGCUUGCAGUCCUUGGACCAGCAAGAUGCUUCUGGAAACAAGCUUCUUCAAGAUGUUGGGCUGUGGAUCUCUCACAGGAUAAAGGACUAUUUUGCGAAAAAGAUGCCCAUUAAUCUUAAAUAUAUAGAUCCUACGUACAUGAUCCGGGCUAUUCCUAGCAUUGCUUCUGAUAAUGUCUACUGCACCCUACUUGCUCAUAGUGCUGUACAUGGAGCAAUGGCUGGGUAUACAGGCUUCACUGUCGGUCCUGUCAAUGCAAGACAUGCUUACAUUCCAUUUAAUCGCAUCACCGAGAAACAGAACAAGGUCGUCAUCACCGAUAGGAUGUGGGCGAGACUGCUCUCUUCAACCAACCAGCCUAGCUUCCUGAACCCCCGAGAUAUUGCCAAAUCCAAGGAAGAGAAACAACCAACAACUGGCAUUUUGGAUAGUGAAAAUUUUAAAGACAGAACAUCAGUGACCAAAGACAAUCCUUGUCUGUCAGCAACUGGCUUGUUGGUUGUGGACAAUUGUAAAGACGGAAUAUCGGUGGCCGAAGACAGUCCUUGUAUGUCAUGAAAGUUCCCUCUCCCAUCUUAUGUGGUCAGUCAAAUUUGCCAUCACUUUAAGAGGUAGCACUCCACUAUCCUUAAAUAAUCAGUUAAAUAGUUACUCGGUCCCUCAGUUUCUGUUGUAUGAAUUACUUGGUAGUUUGAAAUUUUGGUGGUGGUGCUUUGACUUUGAGAAGUUCAUAGUUUGCUUACAUGGCCCUGGAAAUGUGUGAUUUGCUUGCAUUAUAUUUGUCUUUCUUGUUACCUUUUGUUAUACUUCUGAACUGGAUGUAUCGGGUUAGUUUUUGGGUCCUAUUAAUUUGAAUUUUACGAUUUUCGAGUCA